AUGUCUGAGGCUAAUUUUUCAGAAAACCUCAAAGACUUCGUAGGUGGGACCAUUGGAGGUUUUGCCCAAGUUCUCUCAGGCCAGCCAUUUGACAUGAUUAAAGUAAGGCUCGCAGCAAGUUCUCAGCGCCAAAGUGCAGUAGCCGCGACUCUUUCAGUCAUAAAAAAUGAAGGGGUUUUAGCAUUUUGGAGAGGCUCCACAGGGCCUCUUAUAGGUGUUGGAGCAUGCGUUUCUAUUCAAUUUGGAGUUCUGGAAAACAGUAAAAGGCUUCUGAAACAUUUUAAAGGUGGAAAAGACCUGGAAACCUUAGAUUACGCUUUAUGUGGCUCAAUUGCAGGGAUGGCGAAUACCAUAGUUUCUUGUCCUGCAGAAAAUUUCAGGAUACGCAUGCAAAUUCAAGGAAAAGUCGACCCAAGAGGCGACCCAAUAUAUAAAGGUGAUAUAGACUGUAUUAGGACUAUCAGCAGAAAUCAUGGCCUAAGAGGGAUUUUUAAAGGGUUUUAUAUUACAUUAUUGAGAGAAGCCUGCACAUUUGCGACGUAUUUUGGGUGCUAUGAAUAUAUUAUUAAUAAAUAUUUGAUACCUAAAGGUGGGACUAAAAAAGAUGUCCCUAUGCUUUAUUUGUUUUUGACGGGAGGAUUCUGUGGGUAUGCGUAUUGGGCUCCUUGGUACCCAAUUGAUGCGAUUAAGUCAAAACUUCAGGCUGACUCGUUAGCUAACCCUGCUUAUAAGGGGACGAUGGAUUGCAUUAAAAAAACAAUUGCAAGUGAAGGGGCUGCAGGGCUGUAUAAAGGAUUUAUACCGUGCAUGGCAAGAGCUUUUCCUGUUAAUGGAAUUACAUUCUUGGCAUAUGAGAUGACGAUGAGGCUUAUAGGAAAUUCAUCCAAAUAA